AGGCCGCAGGCCCCGCCUCCAGGGUGGGCGGGGCGAGACACGCCGCGUGCGUGCGUACAGACUGCGCGUGCGUCGACGUCGCUUUGGCCCUGGAAGGAACUUGGGGGUCGCCGCGCGGUACAUCUUCCUCGCCUGCGGUAGACGGAAGCCACAGGCGAGGCCUGGUAAGGACAGCAGGGACGUCUCUGGAGCCAGGAUGGCCGGAAAACUCUGAGUGGCCAGAGGCUGUCGGCUGCCCCUCUGCCCAGGGACUGCUUUUCCAUCCAGACGUUACCACCUGGCACCCGCCUCACGCGUUGCAGUCCCCAUGUCACCUCUCCAGAAAUAACCAUAACCUUGCUGCCUACUGAGGCAGUUUACUGAAGACCCACUGAAUGCCAAGCGCUGUGCAUAGUUACUUCAAGUCUUACAACAACGCUGCAAGAAUGAGGAGGAGGAGCGCCGGCCAGCCUGGACUUCAUGAUGAGACAGUAUCUCUUCACUGUCGAGAUGCGGGAAUCAGCCUUGAGCCAUGGUGACCAGCAAUGACCUAGAUCUCCCAGCCACCUCACUCGGCUUGGAACCCAAAGUUUCUGGACCAGCAGAGCUGAGGGAACCCAAGCUUGGACUGAAGCGACUCUAUUGAGGUAAACCUCCUUCUGAAGUUCUGUCUGCACCAGCAGCGGGCUCCUCUCCCUGUCACCGCUGGGUCCGCAGGGCUCCAGGGCCCCAGUGGGAGAUGAAGACAGAUUACUCCCAUGGCUGUUCCACAUGAUUCAAGUAACACUUCCUAUUUGCUCCCUCCAAACAAAGAGGAAUGGGAAGGACAAGGCAUCCCUGACUUUGUCUAUGGACAGAAGGAACUUGUGUGGGAAGGGGUCCAGUGGCCGAGGAACGCACCCAGCCUCCCGGACAGGCUGCCACUGUCUCGCUUUGACGCUGCCCUCCGCUCUGCUUGGAGGCAGCGGAUGGAGCUGGGGCUGUUCCGCUACUGUCUGGGAGAGCUACAGACCCAAACCCUCCCUGGUGCCGUGGGUUUUGUGGCUCAGCUGAACAUGGAACGAGGGAUGCAGAGGAGGCGCCCCCAGAACAUCAGGAGUGUGAGGCAACCAUUUGACCCUGAACAGUUUAACUUCAACAAAAUCCAGCCAGGAGAAGUCCUCUUCCGUUUGCGCCAGGAGCCUGGUCUCUCAGGUGUUCUCCAGCAAGAGGACAUCCUCGUGGUGAUCAACAUCAGCCCCCUGGAGUGGGGCCAUGUGCUGCUGGUGCCGGAGCCUGCCCAGGGGCUCCCCCAGCGCCUGCUGCCGGGUGUGCUGCGGGCUGGGCUUGAGGCGGUGCUGCUGAGCGCGCACCCAGGCUUUCGUGUCGGUUUCAACAGCCUGGGUGGCUUGGCCUCAGUGAACCACCUCCACCUGCAUGGGUAUUACCUGGACCACAGACUGCCCGUGGAGGGGGCACCAAGCAAGACCCUGGACCCUGGGGGCCAUUUGCACCUGCUCCAGGCUCUCCCAGCUCCUGGCUUCCUCUUUUACACCAGCGGGCCAGGGCCUGACCUGGAAGCCUUGGUUAGCAGGGUAUGUCGGGCCACCGACUAUCUGACUGACCACGAGAUUGCACAUAACUUGUUUGUGACCCGGGGGGCCCCACCUGGAAAGACUUCACCUUCCUCAGCCCUCAUGGGGGUCCGGGUGAUCCUCUGGGCCCGGAAGUCCAGCUUUGGGAUAAAGGAAGGCGAGGCAUUCAAUGUUGCGCUCUGUGAGCUGGCCGGGCACCUCCCUGUCAAAACAUCCCAGGACUUCAGCGGCCUGACAGAAGCAGCCGCUCUGGCCCUCAUUCAAGACUGUCUGCUGCCCCCCGCCCAGGCAGAAGAGGUACAAGCAGCACUGGUGGCCUUGGCAGCCCAGGAGGAACAAUAGUCCCUCCAGAAGUAUUUAUUUUCUAACCACUCUAAGUCCCUUUCAAGAAAGCCGUUCAUAAGGGUCAUGUGGGCAUUUUCAUGAUGGCCUUCUCACUUGUCUCAGGAGGAUCAAGAACUAAUAAAAAUGGCCUCACUAAAGAGGAGAAACCUUAGAAUAAAUCAAAUAAAUGAGCCCUCA